CGUGCUCGCCGUCCCUCUCUCUCUCCCCACCCGCACCUGCCGUAACCCGCAAGCUCUCUGGGCCCGCAGGUGCGGACCACGACGGGAUUCCACGCCCCGCAGAGGCCCACCAGCUCUGGGGAGGGCAAGGGGAGACUCGAUCCGGGGCUGCCCCCAGGCUGAUGUACCAGUCUGUGCCUUUCAAGAAACAUGGAGGUAAUUCAUCGCAGGCACUACUGUUGCAGAGAGCUUGAAGGAGCUGACCUACUGUCAAACACCUUUUACUCUAAUGAAUUGCACACUCCGUUACAAACAGCCGCUCGCCCAACCGCCUCCGAGGACAGGUAUCAGGAAUUAAGGGAGUCGCUCCAACAAUGUAGACUUCCAUGGGGUGCAGAAAGAGAGUAUGGUGGGGUAAUACCCAUUUCACUCCCUGAGACGCACAGGCCAAAAUGUGAACCUCCUCAUGUCAUGGGCAAAGGACAUCAGCAUUAUGGAUUUGGUGGAGAAACCUGGCCGAGAAAACUUCCUAUUGAACAAUUCUAUUAUUUGACACAGAACAAAAAAAGUGACAUCUAUGGAAAUGAUUCUUUGAUGCCCAAACCACCUAAUUCAACAGUACAAGAAACCUGCUGCCCAUAUCCGAUUGAACAUCCCUACCACACACACAUCUCUCGUGGUGCCAUGUUCCCAACCUUUACAUCACCUAAGGAUCUCUACACAGGCAUUAAAGCCCGAAGCCAACGGCCAUUUCCUCCCACUGUGCCAACGAAGGCUUAUGAUACGACAAUUUUGAAAACAAGAGGUAAUCCUUACAGAUAUGAACUGCUUGAUCUUCCAAUGGAUUCAAAGAAGAAAGCCUUGAAUUGGCCAGGUCAGGGUGUAUAUUAUGAUUUCCCUAAAUGUGUUGAAAAGAACAAGCCAGUAUUCUACCCAAAACCUCCUAAAACCUUCGCUCCUAACACUUCUUUAAAUUCGUGGGACCCGAUUAGCUCUCUAAAAGAAGCCAACAUACAAAGAAAUCUUGAGAGGUCCCACUGGAUCCCUUCAUACACUCAUGAUUUUACAGGUCUGGGGCCCAUGAACCCCCUUGAACUGGAUGAUUACCAUGAAAAGGAAGUAGCAGAGUUAACUGGACAGACAGGAUUUGACCCAGAGCCUCAAGAAAAAUUCCAUCCUGUCUUAAAACCUCCAAGACCCCUAGAAGGACGAAUUGCUCGACUGCUUCAGAACCGACGUCCCCUGGAGGCUACUGUUCAGCAAAGACCAUAUUCCUGUCCUGACUGUACCCCCAGAGUUUUAUGUAAUUUUCACACUUUUGUACCCAGUUCUACAGAAAUGAUGGGACUUAGUGAUAACACGCUGGCGGGUGUCGCCCGUAAAAAACAGGAAAUUGAAGACAAGAUUAAGGAACAAAGCUUGCUAUCUACCUAUGCAUCCUCACCUUGUUACCCAACAAGAGACCUGACUAACGUUUGCGACAUAAAAACAUUUCCAAAAAUCACGGAUACUAAAAAGAUAGAAGAUCUGUACUGGAGACAGCUGGCAUUAAACCCCCAACCUGUAUCUUGUUAUAGCCCAAACCAUUACCUUCAGUAUGAGCGUCUUAAACCUUCCAUACGGGACCCGUGUACUAUGUGUCAAAACUCUGUUAGCUUUAGUAAGCCUUCUAUUUUAGAAAGUAAACCAGACUUAGAAGCUUUUGAUUUGGAACAUUUUUUAAGUAAGCCAGAAGAAAGGUUGACCUUUAACACAGAAAACAACGAGGAAACAAGACCCAUUCUGGGUUGGAUUCCUAGAGCUGGAGUGGCGAAGCCUCAGACUGACCUGCUAGGGCUUAAGAACUCUUUUUCAAAAACUGGUGCACAAAAACGUUUCCAUAAAUCAAUUUUAGAAGACCAUAAAGACCUCAGGGAUAAGGAGCAUUCAGGAAUGAAACACCAAUUCUAUGGCCAUAAUUCCUAUUAUUUCUAUAAUUGAGAUAUUCAUUCUUUCCUUCAAAACCCAGCCUCUUGCAAGAAAAGUAAAAAUUUAACUGAAUUUCUUCCAUGUUGUUGGAUUCUGUUUUCUAGAAUAGCCGUAAUGACCUUGUUAUGAAGUUUACGUUUUCAGGAAUUUAAGUUAGUAUCUAGUUAGAGGACCCCAGAAAAGGGGAUGUUCUUACUUCCUGAAAAGUUUAACAAUUUGGCAAUAAAAUAUUAGA